AUGGAAAACACUAGAAAUCAAGUGAGUACCAAGAAUCCAACUCUGUUGCAGAGUGAGGAGUUACAUGAGUAUAUACUGAAGACUGGUGUCUACCCAAGAGAACCAAAUGCUCUCAAGGAACUGAGGAUUGCUACUGCAAAUCACCCUAUGGCUUUCAUGGGUACUGCACCUGAUGCAGGUCAGUUAAUGGCUAUGCUCUUGAAACUAGUGAAUCCCAAAAAUGCAAUUGAAAUCGGAGUUUUUACCGGAUACUCUCUUCUCCUCACUGCUCUCACGAUUCCUGAUUAUGGCAAGAUUACAGCCAUAGACAUAAACCGGAAAGCAUAUGAAAUAGGCUUACCAAUCAUCAAAAAAGCCGGUGUAGAGCACAAAAUUGACUUCAUUGAGUCCCCAGCUCUGCCUAUUCUUGACAAACUCUUGGAAAAUCCAGAGAAGGAAGGGAGUUUCGACUUUGCUUUUGUUGAUGCGGACAAGAAUAACUACUGGAACUACCACAAGAGGCUAAUGAAGCUGGUUAAGAUUGGUGGGAUGGUUAUCUAUGAUAACACACUUUGGGGAGGGUCAGUUGCUCUGCGUGAAGAAGAUGUUCCAGAGGCCAAAAGGGAAUGGAGGCAAUGUGCAAUCGAGUUUAACAAAUUGAUUUCUGCUGAUCCUCGUGUCGAAAUGUCCCAAGUUCCAUUGGGUGAUGGAGUCACAAUUUGCAGGCGCGUUUGCUAAAUUU